CUCAAACUAAGAGCCCACAUACUCUGAACAGACUCUGUACGCAGGCAGUUAGUCCCAAAAUAUCCACAGCCUCCUCAAGACGUUCCACACCCACAUUCUGCUGACUCAUUCAGACUGCAUACAGCGACGAUGAAACAUCUCAGCCUUUUGCUUGCCAUCUUGGUCAUCGCCAUUGAAACAUUAAACACUGAAGAGGAGCUUAAGGAGACUGGGUUUGGAUAUCCACCUCCCCGGCAUGGACUCGCCCUAAUUAAGUGGUAUGUGAGAACAUGCAUUGACAACAACAUGAUAGCUCUCUGUAACCCUGUGACUGGAGAGUUUGGGUUCCAUGAGUUCCAUAACAGCGGUUUCCUGCUCCCUCCGCUGAAGGACAAACUUACGUAUAUGUACUUUACCAUAGGAAACCUUCACUACCGGCACUCUAACGACCUUCCCUAUGAAGUGAGGAAAUACUAUGAUCCACAUAACCAACUGAGCAACAUGGACAGAGUCAUUGUGAAGCUGAAUAGGAACAAGAACAAAAUCGAGGAGAUCUACAUAUCAGAGCACUAUAAUCCUCCCAGAACUUUUCAGUUAGGAGCUUCUCUCAUCAGUGACUUAAGACAGCGCCAGAACUCGAUGCAGAAGGUUUUCCCAGUAAUCUUUCAAAAAUUUUUUACAUAAGAUUCUUCUAUUAUUAAAAAAGAAAAAUCACUAUAUUGCCACAUUUGCUUCCACUAUUUCCCCACAGCUGAGAUUUUGUUGCACUUUCAGUUUACUAAAUAUUUCAAGUUUCACUUCUGAGUUUUUCUUCUGUACUAGCCCACUUUAUUCUACUUCUUGUUUUCAUUCUCUCCAUCACAUGCCACAAAACAAUUUAGUAACUUCCUCCAUGAAGCUGAAUGUGGACUUUAGACCUGGUUGGAUUUACUGUUUACAGCAAUAUAAUUAAUGUUUGCCUACCUUUGGCCAUAUCUAUUAUGAAUAUGAGCUUUAAAGCUGAAGCAUGUAGUUCUUUUUCUUUGUUAAAACAUUUUUUCUGUCCCAUCUCAAUAUGCAACCUGAUCUCAUUAGUUAUCGCAGGUAUUUGUAUGUAGCAAUUUCAU